UGAGGUAUUUUUUUCUAUAAAUUAGAAUUUUUAUUUUUAUUUUUAAUAUUUUACCACUCUCUCUCUCUCUCUCCCACUCUCCUCAUUUCACAGUUCAAAAAGUUGAAAAAAAUCGAAUCUUUUUCUUCCUCUCCACCAACAACGCCAUGCCCAGCCACCACCACCACCACCUGCACACCCCACUCCGGCCCUCAUCCACGUCUUCUUCGUCUAACCAAUCCUUCACUUCAAAGCUAAUCCUCCUCCUCACUCUCCUUCCUCUUUCUCUCGCAGCCUUAGCAUUCAUCCUCCAGUGGAAAGGCGAUCAUGGCCUCUCCGAUCCUACUACUGCUACUGCUCGUUGGGCCCCACAAGGUUCUCAUAGCCAUGAGAUCUUCCCUGGCAUGGAAUCCACUGCUUCUGUUCUUUCUCCUAAAGCUCACCACUCUUCGUCUUCCGAUUGCUUUAGUCUUGCUCGCAGUGCCUCUCCUUCUUUCCCUUACUUGCAUGACUGGAAGUUUGAUCUUGAACCCAAUUUGAGGCCUAAGAUAUGUAUUACAACUAGUACGUCUGCCGGCUUAGAUCAGAUUCUACCAUGGAUGCUUUAUCAUAAGAUUAUUGGUGUCACAAACUUUUUCCUCUUUGUGGAAGGAAAGGCAGCAGCUCCUAGUGUUUCGAAAGUUCUUGAAUCUAUUCCUGGAGUAAAAGUGAUAUAUAGGACAAGAGAGCUAGAGGAGCAACAGGCUAAAAGUCGGAUUUGGAAUGAGACAUGGCUGUCAAGUUUCUUUUACAAACCAUGCAAUUAUGAGCUGUUUGUGAAGCAAUCUCUCAAUAUGGAAAUGGCUAUUGUCAUGGCAAGGGAUGCUGGCAUGGACUGGAUACUUCAUCUUGACACUGACGAACUUAUACAUCCUGCUGGUGCUAGUGAAUAUUCUUUGAGGCAAUUACUGCUGGAUGUUCCUGGAAAUGUGGAUAUGGUUAUAUUUCCAAAUUAUGAGAGCAGUGUUGAAAGGGAUGACAUCAAGGAUCCGUUUAGUGAGGUUUCAAUGUUCAAGAAGAACUAUGACCAUCUCCCAAAGGAUACAUACUUUGGCAUGUACAAGGAAUCAACUCGUGGUAAUCCAAACUAUUUCUUAACUUAUGGAAAUGGGAAAUCUGCUGCUCGAAUUCAGGACCAUCUUCGUCCUAAUGGUGCUCACAGAUGGCACAACUACAUGAAAACCCCAAAUGAAGUGAAAUUGGAAGAGGCUGCGGUUUUACAUUACACGUAUUCCAAAUACUCUGACUUGACUUCUAGACGCGAUCGAUGUGGCUGCAAGCCCACAAAUGAGGAUGUCAAAAGAUGCUUUAUGUUGGAAUUUGAUAGAGCUGCAUUCAUAAUUGCUUCAACUGCAACUGAGGAGGAAAUGCUAAACUGGUACCAUGAACAUGUUGUAUGGGGCGAUAAAGACCUAAAACUGAAACUCUUGAGGAAAGGCAUUCUAACUCGCAUAUACUCUCCCAUGGUCAUAAUACAGGCUUUGAGAGAGUCUGGUGUGUUCAGCUCUAUUAUUGCUUCUGCCCCGAGUACUCUUUCAAAAGACAAGUUUUUGGCAUCUAUUAAAAAAAGCAACUCAUCAAGAGCUGUUGCCUCGGAAUCACUACCCUCGAGAAAGAUUGGUAGAAUUACAAAGCAUCAUUGGACAGCAGCUAGGAGAAUUCUGGAAUCAGAAGCUACAACAGUUCAUGCAGCAGCUGUUCCACCACUGUCUCCCCCGGGAGUGAAUGAUGGCUUUAUGGAAGUGUGAUUUAGAUUGUGGCAUGAUUGCUUCUUCUUCUCAUUCCUGUUCAAAUUGUUUGAUCAUCUUGGUCUACUUUGCAUUGAAGGGAAGAAUCAGGAGAGAAAAGAAAGAGCAGGCAGGCCUCUUGUUUCAGUUCAGUUGGUUCUUCCCGAUCAUGAUCCAAGCGCUUGUGUACAUUUUCUUUUAGGAGAGAGAUUUAUGGCCAGGCAACUUUGUUUCACAACCACAAAACCCGGGCUUAUUAUGUUCAUGUAUAGAAACCAAACCACACAGUGUUGACAGUUGAAGGGGUUGUAACUAUUGUUAGAUCAUUGAUUUAAGAGACAGCACAGAACGUACUUAUGCAAGUCUCUUCGACUGAUUAUCCAUUUGCCCUUUGAUGUCUUAAA